CGCUUAAUGUACCAAUUAUGUAGAGCUUUGCCCUAACUUCUUAUAAAAGGGAGAAAUCCUGAUCUAUCUUAAUAACUUGCUACUCAUGGGAGAACUCACAUCUUGUGCGUCCUCCUUAGUUGUCCCUUGUUAUCAUAAAGCGUCACCCACUUUCCAGCAACUCGUCCACUUGAUCCUCCAAACCCGAACUGAGGAGUGGGUUUACUCCAUCUUUUGGCGGGCCUCAAGAGACGAACACGGCGGUCUCGUCCUCACCUGGGGCGACGGCCAUUUCCGAGGAACUACAAGAGACCCAUUCGCAUCUAAACCCGCCACCAAAAUAGUGCUCGAAGAAGCCCAGAAUCUGGAUGGUAAGCUCGCUCACAGUGGCGACAUCGGCGACCCUGAAUGGUACUACAUAUUCUCGGUCACCAGGUCGUAUUCAUCCGAAGAUGGCAUUCUGGGAAGAGCAUUUCGCUCAGGAGGUCACAUCUGGUUGAGCGGUGAAGACCACCAUGAGCUAGAGAUGUAUGGGUGUGAUGAGAGGGUCAAAGAAGCAAGAAUGUAUGGAAUCAAGAGCAUGGCGUGGAUAUCAAUCCCUAAUGGUUCCGGAGUACUUGAAUUGGGCUCCUCAGAGAUCAUAAAAGAAGACUGGAGUUUAGUUCAUUCAGCUAAGUGCCUCUUCCCUUCUCAAUUCUCGAACCUUCGAGUCGAUCCUCCUAGAGAGAACCAACCCAGCGAUGCUAAAGAACCGGCACUUGUCAGUGCCGGCAAGCGUCCAUUUGCUAAACCUGUCUGCACCGCAUACCAUAGCAUAUCUAAGAAUAGCAGUAGGAAGGAAAUAGUCCACGACCAAGAUAAUGAAUUCUCGUUGUUGCCGUCACCGUCCAGCCCGUUAAGCCACGUGGAGGCAGAGCGGCAGCGGAGGGAGAAGAUGAACCAGCGGUUCUACGCACUCCGAUCCAUCGUCCCCAAUGUGUCGAGGAUGGACAAGGCGUCCCUCCUCGCCGAUGCCGUUGACUACAUCAAGGAACUCCGGUCCCAAAUCGACGCGUUGGAGUCCAAGCUCGUCAAGACCGAGCCGUCGUCUCCGAAGUGCCUCAGGAGUAAUUGGGCCGCUGCUGACAUGAAUGAGGCGACGCCACCGUCGAGCAAGAACAGCUCGACAACGUCCGCAAGGGCGUUGGCCGUCUCGGGGCCAAGAGAGAUGGCAGUCGAGGUGACGGUGGUGGGGCGGGAGGCGGUGGUCCGAGUGUGGAGCCCGAAUGUGGGGCAUCCGUGCGCGAGGUUGAUGGACGUGCUCAAGGAAUUGCGGCUGGUGGUCCAACACGCGAGCGUGUCGUGCGUGAAGGGGAUGAUGCUUCAGGACGUGGUGAUUACGACUCCGGUCGACCGCUGGGUCAGCGACGAGUCCAUGAGAGAUGCCAUUCGGGGUAAGCUAGGCAAGGUGUGAAUUUUCCUGUUUCUAUUUGUAUUAAGGGCAAGUGCUGAUGCUUAGUAGUGUUAAUUUCUUGUCCCUCAUUUUUUAUGGGGUAAAAUUCUGUACCUAUGUUCGUAAAGUGAACAAAAGGAAACAGAAGAUAAGUACAAUAGAAGUGCUCUAACUUAGAUG